AUGUCAGAUCUCCCCACAACCCCUGAGAAACCUGCAGAUGAAACAGAGAAUCAGAUGAAGUCACCUGAUCCAAGGUCUGGUGCCCCUCCUGAGUACAGUUCCAGUUUUGUAUCAGGGCCCCCUGGACCGGCUAUCCCUCCACCUGCAGGCUACCCAGGAGGCUUGCCUAUGGGAUACUACGGUCCACAUCAGCCCAGUACCUUCCCCUUGUACAUGCAGACUGGAAGUAUCUGCCCCAUCCAGUACCAACCUGGAAAAUAUCCUGCACCACAACUUUCUGCUCCAGUAAUAUGGAUGCCCAUGCCGACUCCCAUACCACACUGUCCUCCGGGUCUGGAAUGCCUUGUCCAGUUGGACAACAUACACGUUCUUCAGCAUUUUGAACCUCUGGAAAUGGUAACAGGUUUUGAAACUAAUAAUAGAUAUGAUAUUAAAAACAACAUGGGCCAGAUGGUUUACUUUGUGACUGAAGACACAGAUAACUACACCAGGAAUGCUUACCGGACAUUGAGGCCCUUCGUGCUCCGGGUCACUGACUGUAUGGGCCAGGAAGUCAUGACAAUGCAAAGACCUUUCAGAUGCACCUGCUGCUGCUUCUGUUGCCCCUCCACCAGGCAAGAGCUGGAGGUUCAUUGUCCUCCUGGCGUCACCAUUGGCUUUGUAGCCGAACACUGGAACCUGUGCAGGGCAGUGUACAGCCUCCAAAAUGAGAAGAAAGAAGAUAUGAUGGGAGUACUUGGGCCAUGUUCCACCUAUGGCUGUGGUUCAGAUUCAGUUUUUGAGAUCCUGUCCCUGGAUGGUGUUUCCAUUAUUGGCAGUAUCACUCGGAAGUGGAAUGGUGUGUUAUCAGCAAUGAGCGAUGCUGACCACUUUGAAAUUCACUUCCCAUUAGACCUGGAUGUGAACAUGAAAGCCAUGAUUUUUGGAGCUUGCUUCCUCAUUGACUUCAUGUAUUUUGAAAGCUCUCCACCACAACGUUCAAACAUUCAUCAUGAUUGA